AUGUGGAUGCUGGUACCCGUGUCAUUCACUCUCAAGCUGCUGAGCGCCUUCGUGCAGCACCUGGGCUCCAUGUGGAGCAGCCUGGGGACCCUGUUCCCCCGGCUCAGUACAGCAUUCUGGCUGGCAGGGGGCCAGAAGAGCCAGCAGCAGCGGGGCAGGAGAAAACCAAGGAAGCCCAGCAGGGAAGACAAAGAGGACCGCGAUCUGCCCAUCAUCCCCAUCAGCGUAAAUUAUCACUUCACCCGCCAGUGCAAUUACAAGUGUGGCUUCUGCUUCCACACGGCCAAAACGUCCUUCGUGCUGCCGCUGGCGGAGGCCAAGAGAGGCUUGCUGCUGCUGAAGGAAGCGGGUAUGGAAAAGAUCAACUUCUCCGGUGGGGAGCCAUUCCUCCACGACCGGGGCAGAUACCUUGGCCAGCUGGUGAAGUUCUGCAAACAGGAGCUGCAACUGCCCAGCGUGAGCAUAGUGAGCAACGGGAGCCUGAUCCGGGAGAGGUGGUUCCAGAACUACGGGGAAUAUUUGGACAUUCUCGCCAUCUCCUGCGACAGCUUUGACGAGCAGGUCAAUGUCCUUAUUGGCCGUGGUCAAGGAAACAAGAACCACGUGGAAAAUCUCCAAAAAUUGAGGACGUGGUGCCAAGAUUACAGAGUGGCCUUCAAGAUAAAUUCUGUCAUCAAUCGAUACAAUGUGGACGAGGACAUGACGGAACAGAUUAAAGCCCUGAACCCCAUCCGCUGGAAGGUCUUCCAAUGCCUCAUAAUUGAAGGUGAGAAUUCUGGAGAAGAUGCUCUGAGAGAAGCAGAACCGUUCGUGAUAAGUGAUGAAGAGUUUGAAGCGUUCUUGGACCGCCACAAAGACGUGCCCUGCCUGGUGCCCGAGUCUAACCAGAAGAUGAGAGACUCCUACCUUAUUCUGGAUGAAUAUAUGCGCUUCGUGAACUGCAGAAACGGGCGGAAGGAUCCUUCCACGUCCAUCCUGGAUGUUGGCGUAGAAGAAGCUAUAAAAUUCAGCGGCUUUGAUGAAAAGAUGUUUCUCAAGCGAGGAGGGAAAUACGUAUGGAGCAAGGCGGACCUGAAGCUGGACUGGUAAAGCUGAAGGCUGAACAACCUUCAGCCCAUCUGUGGGGACCGCCCUGGCGCUCAGCGCGUGGCUGCCCUGCUUCCCGUAGGCACUGCCAGCGGCCCCAAAUUCGAUUUUCAGUCGUACGUGGAAUCUGAUUGCCUGUGGUAACUGAACAGAUAAAUAACUGGGAAAAUUGAAAUCCUUAGAACAUGCAAGACCAUUAACUUUAGUUAAUUAGCUUAUUAUGGAUUUAAUUUUUGAGUAGUAUUUACUGACUCCUGUAUUUCCAUUUUGAAGUUAUUUUUCUAGUCCUUUCAUUUGACAGUUAUUUUCCCAUAUGGAAAAAUUACAAAUUAUCUCCCCCGAUUAUUUCUGCUUGCGGUGAGGCUCUUUCCUUUUCGGCCUUUAUAUCACUGCAAUCUUGGACUUUUUACCCAGAAGUUUAGAAAUAGUCCAUACAUGUUUCCAAGAAUAAGAAAUGCUCAUCUUACCAGGCUUUGAUAAGUACCUAGAAGGAGAUAACUCCCCUCCCCGGGGCUCUGCAUGGCCCUGACCCACGCCGACUAUUCCAGGAAUGUGAGUGAUCUCUGCUGCUCCCCUUUCUCUUCCAAGAUUCUUAACAAAACCAAGGUGUGCUUUAAAUUUAGUGAGGAAGUUGACAUGGGGUCAGGGCUUGGGUUGCUGUGUGAAUCUGCUGAGUCUGUCAGGCAACAGCAUAUGAGUUUACUUGCUUGGUUGUCCCCGUGUCCCUGAAAAGCGACACGUUCCUGGACUGGCAUGAACUCAUCUGCAAAAGCAGCAGGCAAAGGUGGAGCAAAGGGUGUGGCGAAGAGUGUAGGAUGAACCAGAAUUUUCUGUAAAUGAAGCUGUGGCACAAUAUAAUAUUUCCCAUUUAACUCUGAAUCACUUGGAAUAAGAAUGUAAUCUAGGUCAAUAUAAGAUCCAGAGCCUUCCUUUGCUAGGCUAAGAAAGAGCUUGAGGGAAAAUGUCACUGAAUUGGGACAAGAAAAAAAAAAUUCUCCUCUUGGAAAUACCACAUUCAGUUUGUUCAUGCAACCUAGACAAUAUACCAUUUCCUGGGAAAUAAUAAGUUCCUAUCACUGUUUUACAAAAGCAAAAUCAUGGACAAUUUUUUGCUCAAAGAACUCUUGUAAUCCAGCUGCAGUUCCAGAGUUGGCCACUAGGUGGCAUUUAAACGUUGCCUGAUUCUGCUAUGCAGCCAUGCAGAAAUUCCGCUUCAGAAUCUUUUUUCAACACUUUUUGAAAGUGGUUUAUGUGAUUUUUUUUUUCCCAGAAAAGAUAUUCCUACUUCAAAUUUUAAAUCACUGUAAUUCAACUGAAAUAUGUUUGUGUGUCUUCUGUGAUAGAAUUGUUGUCAUGUAUUUUCCAUUUUAUUUUAUGUUUUUAAGAAAAAAAAAAGAAUUAGAAAGUUUUUUUCCUCUGUGGGUCUUGAUAGUAUCUAAACCAUGACGACCUUAAUAUAAUCAGAUAACCAUAAAACAGGUUUUUUGUUUCUUACUUAACAUGAGUUUACUUUGCUGACCAUUACAUUAUUCCACAGAGAAAGGGCACAUAUGUGAAAGCACAGAAGACAUUGUGUGGUAUCCAGUAGAUGCUCAAUUAUUAUAAUCUGAAACAAAAUCUGAAUCUGAAGCCCAAAUCCUCUGAGUUGAAGUGAAUUUCUCUCGAGUUGAAGGA